AUGCAUCGUGUCUCCAGGCCUCUGUUCUUAAUGCAUUUUAUCGCCGGUUCAGUAGGAGACAAGUGGCAGCCAGGUAAUACUUCUCCAAAAAGUCCAGUCGCAAUAAAUAAGACAUCGUCCAUGCUUGGGCCUCUUCUCGCUGCUACUGCUGCUACUGCUGCUACUGCUGCUACUGCUGCUACUGCUGCUACUGCUGCUACUGCUGCUACUGCUAGUUUAAAACAUGGAGUGCUGGAUAACUUCUCCCUAGCCCUGAACCUCGUCAAGUAA